AUGAGUAGAAAUAUGGAGUUACAUCGAACAAGUGUAACAUCAGAACCAACCUCUCCAACAAACAGUAUUGGGAAAGAGAAGAUGGAUGUUACUUCAGAAUUAAAUAGCCCGACUUCGCCUGGCUUUGACACAGGGAUCUUUGAAAGAGGAAUUAAAUCAAUGUUAAGCAUCCGGAAAUCAAAACAAAACCUGAACAAAGAUAAAGAAAAGGAAUCUACUGGUUCUCUGAGAGGCAUACGACUUUCUUUUAAAUUCUCCAAGAGCUGGGAGCAAGACAAAACUGCGACCUGUGAUGGCAUGGAGCAGAUUGGAGAGGAGAGAGAAUCAAAGACUUUUGAAGGAAAACCUCUUUCGGUAAUGGAGAUAAAUGAACUUAUUCAAAAACGGCAGCUUUUGGAGGCAUUUGCAAGCAUCAAAUAUUUGGAAGAUGAGGUGAUAGCUGAAAGGGAUGCCGAUAAAUACAAGGAUAACCCCCAAGAGUUUGCCAGGAAAUCCAAGGAUGUGGAUUUGCUUUAUAAUUCCAUCACAAGCUCAAUCCAGCGCAUUGUAGCAGAAACACUGGAGCAUCCUGCUGUAGAGGAGACCCUGCUGGCAUCUUUGGUGACUUUAAUUGACAAUGAAGAAGCAGCUCAUCCUGGUACAAGUGACACUGCUGGUCCUGGGUCAGCCUUGCUUGGCACACCCAGAAAGUGGAGGGAGGAGUGGAGGGAAGCUAUCAACGAGAGCGCUAGGAAGAGAGUCUUGAGUGUACACAUGGCAUCAAAGGAAGAAGACAGUUCUUGGCUUGAUCGCCAUUUAGGUGUCCUCGGUGAACAUCUGAGUGAAGAUUUACUGAAAGUCAAGUCUGCAGUAAAAAAGUGUUAUCCAGAGGAUUACAGGGUGUGUGAGAUCUACGUGAAGGCUUUUCAUAAUGCCAUUGCUUCCCACCUGCAAAAUCUCUCCCAGAAAUCCUUGGAACUAAAUGAACUCUACGCCUUGCUCAAAUGGGUUGCUAACACCUACCUGAGUGAACUCCUUCUGGGUCACCCUGCUCUCAAACCAGAAGUUAAACCAGAAAACCUCUCCCUGUUAUUAACACCAGAUGAUUGGGAUAAACUGGAAAACAACUACAUUGAUUCUUUAAAGGAGAAAAUGAAAAGCUAUUUUGAAAACAUCCUGAAACUGGAGAUCACAGAAAAGUGGGAGAAGGAAGUUCAGCCGGAAGUGGAUGAAAACCUAUACAACUCAUCGCUGUCCUUUGAUAUUCAAACGAUCUUCGCAGAGUACGUGAAGGCUUCCCGAGUGAUCAGCAGAGGUCUGGAGAUGAAAACCCUUGAGCUCUGCCUGGCAGAACUGCAUGAAUUCAUACCAAGAUUUGGAGAGGAAUUUUUGAAGUGGAAUACUUCCCGAGACAGCCCGAUAUUUGUGCCCUAUUUUGCUGCCUACAUCAACAGCUUCCAAGACCUGGUGUCAGGCUUACAAAAAGUGUUCGAAGUCAACACUGGCGAACUGCAAGAUGUUAUGGAAUCUUUGACAAAGAACUUCAGAAAUAUAUUUUUUAUUAAAUUAAGAUCAAAAACACAGCCACUCUUUAAGAAAAUCUUCACCAAACAUUGGAUUUUAGCUACUGAGAAGCCAAACUCGCUGGCAUCCGCCGUGUCACAGUUCUCCGAACACUUGCAGCACAUGAAGAACCCCAUUGGGCAGGAACUGCUCUGUGACAUUCAUAAGUACGUGGUGAGGGAAUACAUCACCCAGGUCAUCAAACCGAGACGGAAAAUGAAAGGGGAGAAGCGGCAGCAAGUGAGCGAAAGGAUGAGCCAGGACGCCAAAAUCCUUAAUAAUAUGCUCAUAGAUCAGGGGUCUACUUCAGACUGGCUCCUUCCUGCCAUACCUCACAUUGCUAACAUAGUUGGGGAGAAGAAAAAAGACAAAAUCAAGGAGCACAUUAUGGAACUGUGCCAGGAUUACCCAGAUAUCAGGAAGGAGCACAUCCUGGCAGUUCUCAGACUCCGAGGCCUGGGGCUAGCCAAGAGCAGGGCGAUCAUUCAGAAAAGAUACUGCCCACAGGAGAGCCCUGAUGGUGAGGCCAGCAGCUCGCUCUUUGCGGAAAUAGAUGCUCCGGCAGUCGUCAGCUGCUUCUAA